GCCGACAGUAUAAAUACACCCCUGUUGUGAGCACAAGGUUUAGGCUCAAACUACAAAUUCUGCAGCCAUGAGGAGCCUCCUGGUUCUCACUUUGAUGGUAGCUACUGCGUAUGGAUGUGGCCUUCCCACUUUCCCCCCUGUGCUGAGCAGGGUGGUGGCAGGAGAUGAUGUCAGGCCUCACAGCUGGCCCUGGCAGAUCUCGCUGCAGUCAGACAGCAGUGGGCGCUACAGGCACGUCUGCGGAGGAACCCUCAUCUCCUCUCUCUGGGUCCUCACUGCCGCCCACUGUAUCAGUGACCGCUACAGCUACAGAGUGGAGCUGGGUAAACACAGCCUGCAGGCGAGCGAGGAGGGCUCUGUAGCUCUGAGCGCGGCUGAAAUCAUCACUCAUGAGGACUACAACGUUCUGCUCAGCCGUAACGACAUCGCCCUGAUCAAGUUGUCUUCCCCUGUCACCUUCUCUGACACAAUCAUGCCGGCCUGCAUCCCAGACGCGGCUGUCACCCUGCAGCACGGUUCUCGCUGCUACGUCACCGGGUGGGGUCGACUCUUGACCGAGGGUCCUCUGGCUGACAUCCUGCAGCAGGCUCUCCUGCCAGUCGUUGGCCGCGACAUCUGCACGCAGCCCGACUGGUGGAGCGUCCUGGCCACAGACAAGAUGGUCUGUGCUGGCGGAGACGGCAUCACUGCAGGAUGUAACGGAGACUCGGGCGGCCCCCUGAAUUGCCAGAACCCUGAUGGCUCCUGGGACGUCCACGGCGUGGUGAGCUUCGGCUCCGGUCUCGGCUGCAAUGUCCUCCAGAAACCUACCGUCUUUACAAAAGUCAACUCCUACAUCAGCUGGAUCAACACGGUUGUGUCCAGCUACUGAAGAAACUAUCCACGUGUGUUUUACUGCAAUAAGAACAAUAAUCACCAACAAUGUGUUGUCCCAAUUUUACUGUAAAUAAUGGAGAUGCUGUUUAUCAGUCCUGAGAACGCAGUGUAAAGGGAUAGUUCACCCAAAAAUGAAAAUUCACUCAUUAUCUUCUCACCACUAUGCGGGUGGAGGGGUGGGUGAAGUGUUCAGUCCACAGAACACUUAUGGUGUCUCAUGGACAAACAGUGCUGCAGCAAAAUCCAAUAGAAUUCAAUUAAAUGAAGACCGAUUCUCUAGACGUUAAAAAAACUAUUUGAAUGUCGGGGCUUACAGACACUUGGAUGAAACCACAGGAGCAGGAUGGAGCCAUUUUUAUGUUUAUUUUCUGUUGUUUACAUACGUUUGAAGAUGAGGUCACUAUUUACUUCAAUUGUAUUGGAUUUGGCAGCAACACUGUUUACCCCUGAAGCCUCCAUGAACAUAGAGGUGUGUAUAUACUAAGUGAAUUCAAAUUUGUUGGGUUAACUAUCCCUUUAAGUCAUAUCCAUGAAUGUGGGCCCUGAACAACAUCCAGACAUUUAUCUGAUCGCCAGCUUUAAAUACAGUAGCUGCAUAUUAGAUGUUAACGUGUCCAAUGGAAUAAGGCGUACGUACAAGUCAACCAGGGAUUAUAUUCAUAAUGAUUCAAUAACCAUGGCAAAACACACUUCUUAUACACAGGAGUAAUUAACAAACACUUUCUUUUAUUUCUCAUAAAAUAUCCAUGAGAUAAACAUUUGUUUUGCUUGUCAGGAGGAGAAAAAAAAAAAUAAACAUAAUUAUAGAAAAGUAUAUUUUCACAGCACAUAUAAAAGGAAAUAUAUAUAUAUAUAUAUAUAUAUAUAUAUAUAUAUAUAUAUAUAGGUGAUACAAAAAGGAAACUGACAGCAAAUGAGUGUUUUGGCCACUUGUCUUAAUAAAACUGGUGAAUCAAAACACUGUUCAUUCAUUAAAGUUAAACAGUGUGACGCAAUGAAA